AUGGGUCAUCGCAUGAACACGAGGUCCCGAUGGACCAAGGAGUCACAUGAUGAAGCGUCGAAGGGAGGUAAGCGAGCAGGAAGAGUCCAGGAAGAGCAAGUCCAGGAAGAGCGAGUCCAGGAAGAGAGCAAGAGUGUGGAGCGCGCCGACAUUUAUCACCUUGGAGAAAUCCAGCCUCUUCCUGUCGGCUUGGCCAAUCGGAGAGUCCCUCCAGGAUCAAGCAAACACCGGACCCAGAUCCUGCUGAACCAGCCUGUGCCAGGUCUCACCUGUUUUGAUCUGGAUGACAUGUCUAGCAUCUUAGACCACAAACGGAUCUUGACAAAUCUCAGCCAAUGCCUAUCCGAGAUUCAUCUGAGAUCAAGUCAGUGGCUGACCCUAAGCCUGAGUCGGGCCAGGUCUGUGAAGAUCUCCACUCACCGUCUGUCAUCAAUCCAGAGUUGUUGCCUGUUGGAAUGCAAAACAUGUGGACGGGGCCUGAGUCAGUACUUGUGGAAAGGAGAGAAUCUCCUUGUGCUGCUCCGGCAUUUUGGAUGACAGCCGUGACGAGACCACCUGACUGAGCUGAAGGACAGCAAGAAGCUUCUGGAAGCUCAGUCAUUGCGGGUGCUGGUGGUCUCGUAUGGUUCUCUUGAUGGAGCAACGUUCUGGCUUGGUCAGACAGGCUAUGAAUUUGACAUGCUGUUGAAUGCAGAGAGAGCGGUGUAUCAAGCUUUCGGUCUGGGUUCAUCCAUCACCAAGAAGUUUAAAAUAAUGCUCCACUACUCUGCAUUUCUGGCAAUGAACCGACAGUCCCCCGAUGUGCCACCUCAGUUCAUCGAUGAUCUAUUUCAGAUGGGAGGUGAUUUUGUGCUGGACCAGGAUGGUAAAGUGAUAUUUUCCUACCGGUGUAAAAGCCCAGCGGACAGACCAUCAGCUACACAGAUUCUGGCUGCCGUCUCUGCUCAUUCUUAGCAUUCUUACGUCCUGGAGAAAAAGGGGCUUUCAGGUUUG